AUGUCUCAUCACGGUUUCGAAAUGACAGUGCGGAAGGCGACUGGGCAAGACGAGGUGACCGUUGAGGGGCUGACGUGGUUCCCGAACGCCAGCGCGGACGACGAUUGGCUGGAGGAGGCUGCGACGGCCUCGCACGCCUUGCCGCAGCCUCAGGCCUUGAGCAGCAGCGCUGUAUCUGGACACGUGCGAGAGGAGGUCGUCAAGAUCGAGGAGAUCUCUACAGAGAUCGUGACCGUCCAGGAGAUAUCCACCGAAAUCGGACGGCCAGCUAGGUCCCGCAGAUCAGGGGCAAGAGCAGCGCGAGAAGCAGGCCCAGGCGAAGCGGAGAAGGAGAAGAAGAAAGGGAAGAAGGGGAAGAAGGGAGCUAGGUCGAAGAGAGAAGCACAGCCGCCGGAUGAGGCGACUAGCGCGGACCCUAGGCUGCCUGAACGGGUGGGGCCUUCAGCGAGAGGUGUUGUGGUGCCGCAAACAGCAGCAGAUACACAGACGCCCAGUUCUAGCCCUGCUCUUGCUGCUGGUGGUGCCGGUGCUGCUGGUGGUGCCGGUGGUGCUGGUGGUGCCAGUGCUGCUGGUGGUGCUGGUAGGACUGGGCUUAUAGCUGGUUUGGCAGCAGGGGCAGCAGCAGCAGGCGGAGCUGUAGCAGCCGGGGUGGCAGGUUUGGCUGAAAGGCGAGAAGCCAAGCCAGCAGAAGAAGCAACCAGAGGGGAUGCGAUGGAGGGGGUGGAAGGUUCGGAAGGGGUGCGAGGUUCGGAAGGGAUGGGGGGUUCGGAAGGGAUGAGGGAAGACUCGAGAACGUCAGUUGCAGCCGUGCUGGCGUCAGGGGACACUGCAAGAGACCUUAGUAGUGUUGGCGACUCAGAAUCUGCCGUACAAAGUCUGCCUGAACCAACAGCACAAGCAGCAGGAACAGCAGGAGCAGCAGAAGCAGCAGAAGCAACAGAGGCAGCAGAAGCAGCAGACACAGGUGAUAGAGGUGAAGCGGCAGAAGCAGGUUCAGCAGGGGAAGCAGGCCCGAGCGGAGCAGCAGUUUCUGCUGGAGCCGGAGCUGGUGCUGGGGCAGCAGUGGCAGGCGCCGUAGUAGGAGGAGCUCUAGGCGCUGCUCUAGGCUCCCGAGAAGUUUCUAGAGACGAUCCCAGAGAGCAAUCUGGUGGAGGGUCGAAACGAGCCACCCCUGGGACUCCGCUAGGUGGGAGCUCGCCGGUGUCUGCAGGUGAAGGGGGAAGCAGGCGGGAGGCGAAGGCGAAGCGGAACAGGGUGGGGGAGGGCGCGUUUGGAUCAGGGGAGCAACACGAAGGAGGGUUCGGUGCGGAGGUUUCUGGGGGGAGUGGGAGGCAGGGGAGCCAGGGGCGCGGAAGCAUGGGGAGAAGCAGUGGCAGUAGCGGGAGUGGCAGAGAUAGGGAUACGCUCCUGCAGCAGCAGCAGGUGCAGCAGCAGCAGCAGCAGCAGCGGCAGCAGCAGCAGUCAUGGUCGAAGCAGCCCCUACCAGGUCAUGGUCCCGGCGGCACUACUGGUAUGCCUCCCAUGCGCAGCAACAGCGAGCUUCCCCCCCUUCCCUACCGCAGCACCAGCGGUCUUCCCCCUCAGCCCCUCCGCAGCAGCAGUGGCCUUGCUGCCCUCUCCGCGCCCGCCAGUAGCAAUCUCCUGCAGCGCGCCGCCACGGGCAGCGGUGACCGUUGGAUCUUCCACUCUGGCGCGGAUCGGGACCAGCUGGUGGAGUCAGAUUCGAGUGAUGACUCGGAGACAAUGAGUGGGCGGCUGGAGGGCGGGUUGGGGGACUCGUGGGGGAGAGGGCGAGGCGGGGAGGAAGCAGGGUCGUUCAAAGCGGGGAGUUUGGCGAGUCAGGGAUCGAGAGGCGGAGGCAUGAGUCCUGUGUCUGAGAUAGGGGAGCAGCAUGGGGCGGGUAACGUAGCAGGGAGAACGAGGGGCGGGAUGUGGCACGGGGCACCUCGGCCCAGCAGCGCGGGCAAGUCCGGGAGAUCCCGGUUAGGGAAAAGAUCGCCUAGAGGGUCGUCUCUAGGGGCAGGGAUGCUGGAGCGAGUAGCAGGCGGGACGGCGGACAGCAGAGGGAGUUUUGGCACAGGGGCGGAGAUCAACAGAGCGAGUAAGAGCAUGAGGGGGUUGCCAGUAGAGGGGUUGGCCAGCGCUGGGGCUAGUGGGGCGUGGAGCUCGUCGGAUGGCGAGGGGAGUGUGCAGACGAGAGGGGCAGCAGCAGGAGCGGCCCAGCCUGUGGUUGUGGGAUUUGUGGGGCCUGCCAGACCUGGUACGCCUGUUUCGCUGUCCAGGGUUGGGUCUGGGGCUCCUGUGCUGCGCCCUGCGACUUCGGGGGGUUUGUUGCUGGAGGAUGUGGGGAAGUAUGAUGACUGGGUGGUGUAUGAGAGUGAGGGGGAGGAGGAGGAGGUGCAGAGUAGGCUUGUGAGGGGGAGAGGGAGAGGGGUGGUGGAGAAGAGGGUGGUGCAGGAGGGGGGGGUGGCGGGGGUUGUGGAUAAGAGGGAGGUGAGGAACGGAGGGCAGGUGCAGGGUGUAGGAGCAGGAGCAGCAGCAGCGGCAGGGGUAGCAGCAGGGGCAGGGGCAGCGGGAAUGAUGGUUGGGAAUGUGGGGCGGAGGAAAGGGGCAGAGAGGGACGUGUGGAGAGCAGGACAGGAGGACUUUGAUGACUCGGACUCGGAAAUCAAGCACGAGGCAGGAUGGGGGCCCGCCUCACAGCAGCAGCAGCAGCAGCAGCAGAACGGAUUCAUGUUUAGCAGUCAAGGGGGAGCGCCUGGGGGCGGGUUUCACCCAGGGGAGGUUCAUCCGGGGGGGGUUCAGCCCCAGCCUGGCGCAAGGCAUGCGCCCCAGCCACCCACCAGCCCCCGACCAUCAUCCCCCCGACCUCUCCCUUUUGCGUCUAGGUCCCGGUCUUCUGCCCCCGCUCCUCCUCACCCCCAGCAGCAGCUCCCCCCUCGGCCUGUCGGCCCUCCUAACGCCUCCUCCUCCCAACAAGGCCCUUCUCAGUCCCACCCAUUCUCCUCUGGAACAGCAGGUAAGCCGCGCAUACCCCCCAUUCCCCCGGCUUAUGGUCACUCCCCUGCCUAUGCCGCGCCUGCUGCUGCGUCUGCUGCUGUGCCGGGUUCCUCUCCUCACCCGUUCGCCCCUGGUGGUUAUGCUGGGGGGGCGGGAGCUUCUGGAGUGGCAGCAGCAGGGGCUGUGCCUGGGGGCCAGCAGGCGGGGGGCCAGCAGCAGUCGUGGGGGGGAUCUGUGGCAGGGUUCUUUGCAGGGGCAAGCGCGUUUGUGUUUGGGGCGAAGCAUGACGGGCACACAGGGAGAGAGGCGCAGGGGAAGGAGGUGCAGCAGGGGAAGGACUUGAACCAGGCAGGUGAUGCUGGGAUGGGGUUAAGGGACGGGGAGCAAGGGGUUUCUGUGGCAGCAGGUACAGGAGCGAGUGGGGGUAGUGGUAGUGGUAGUGGCGCUGGUAGUGCUAUGCGCCCUCCUCGCCCUCCUUCCCUUGCUAUCCCUGGAGCAACGGGUACAGCCACUAGCCCUGGUGCUGGCCGCUAUUCCACCCAUACACAUGCAGGAGCAAACGGAGAGGUUGCAGAGCCGCCAGCAGCAGCAGCAGCAGCAGUAGCAGCAGCUAGUGCUGCUGGUGCUGCUGCUGCCGCUCCUGGUGUAUUUGCGGUAGAGGACGGGCAUGAGGCUCUUAUGUCUCCCAUUGCCUUCGUUACAGUGUCGCCUGCUAAGAGCACAGGGAGAGGCACAGACGGAGCUGCAUUGCCAGGGGCAGCUGCAGCAGCAGCGGCGGUGCCUGGGAGAGCGGUGGGAGGAGCAGCAGAGAUGGGGGUGAUGCAGCAGCCUGCGCAGGGGUACCGGCCUGGGCCGGGGCUUGGUGGGUGGAGUAAAGGGUCUGGUGCUAGGGCUGGUGGGGUUGGUAUAGGGUGGGGGGAGGGCAGUGAGGAGGAGGAGAGUGAAGAGGUGGAGAGUGAGGAAGCGACGGAGGAGGGUGAAGAGAAUGAGGAGGAGGAAGAGGAUGAAGAGGAGGAAGAGGAGGAGAUGGAGUAUAGUAGUGAUGAGGAGAGUGAGGAGGAAAGUGAGGAAGAGAUUGAGGAAGAGAGUGAGGAGGAAAUUGAGGAGGAGAGCGAGGAGGCAACUGAAGAUGCAAGUGAGGAGGACGAGGAGGAAGAGGAGGAGGAGGAGGAAGAGGAGGAGGAGGAGGAGGAAGAGGAGGAGGAGGAGGAGGAGAGCGAGGAGGAGAGUGUAGGUGCGUGGGUGGGCAGACCGAUACUGGCACCGUCACAAGCGGGCACUCCCACGGGCUAUAGCGGCAUGAAAACCCCCGAUGCAAUCGGAGGCAUCGUGUUUAUCAACGAGUAUGGCGCUGCCCCCCCCUCCCCUUUUCUGGAGGCAAAUUCUAUGGGUACUGGAGGGGGUACGAGCGGGGCCAGCACACCGUUGAGUGGGGGAGCUGGCAUGGGAAUGGGUGGGGCGAGUGGGGCAAUGGGGGGGAGCAAGUCGCCUAAUGGCAGGCCAGGGGAGGAUGAUGAGCGUGUGUUUGUGGUUUUUAACAAGUCGAGAUUCUCACCCACUGCUGCUGGCGCUGCUGCUGCUGCUGCUGGCGCUGGUGGUGCUGCUGGUGGUGCUGGUGGUGGUGGCUUGUUGGCUGAUACUCAAGGAUCAGGGACCCUUGUGGUGAGGAUUGAGAGAGGUGCGGAGGAGGAGGGAAGUGAGGAGGACGAGGGGGAGGUUGGCAGUGAGGGGUGGGAUGGAGGGGAGAGUGGGGAGGAGGAUGGGAGUGAGGGUCGGAGUGGGAUGGAAGGAGAGAGUGAGGAGGCUGAGAGUGAGGAGGGAAGUGGGUUUGAUGGAAGUGCUGAGGGAGAGAGUGAGGGGGAGAGUGAAGGGAGUGAAGGGGAGGAGAGUGGGACAGAAGGGAGUGAGAUGAGGGUAGGUAGGGAGGAGGGAGAAGAUGGGGAAUUGAGUGCGGUGGAGAGUGGUGCUUCUGGAGGGAGUGAGGGGAGCGAGGAGGAGAGUGAGGAGUGGAGUGAGGAGGGGAGUGAGGAGGGGAGUGAGGAGGAGAGUGAGGAGGGCAGUGAGUCAAGCCUUAGCCCUGUGGGGAGUUCAGACGAGGGAGAGACUGAGUACGUGGGGAGUGGGGAGAGUGAGACAGAAGAGAGUGAGGAGGAGAGUGGGAGUGAGGAAGAGAGUGGGAGUGAGGAGGAGAGUGGGAGUGAGGUGGAGAGUGAGAGUGAGGGGACGGAAAGUGGUUCGAGUGAAAGCGAGGGGAGUGAGGAGACAGGGUCGAGUGAUGAUGAGGAUGGCACAACUUUGGAUGGCACAUGGGACGGCACAUUGGAUGGCACAAUGGAUGGCACUGUGGGCGGCACAAUAGACGACAGAACGCUGGAUGGGACAGAGGUUGUGACUCCAGGAGGGAGUGACACUAUGGAGCGGACUUUCACCCUGGAAGAGACCGAGACAGCUGUUAGUGAGACGCUGGGAAGGACGUUGACUAGGGAGGGGAGUGGGACUAUCAAGGGGAGUGAGCUUAUAGAGGGGACGGAUGUAAUGGGGCGAAGUAUCACGUUUGAGACAGUGGGGAGGACUGAGACGUUUGAAGGCAGUGGGACUAUAGAGAGGAGUGGUACUAUGGAGGGGAGUGGCACUAUUGGGAGGAGUGACACUAUGGAGGGGACUGAGGCUAUGGGGAGAACCAACACGUUUGAAACCCUCGGGGAGACUAGAACUUAUGAAGGCAGUGAUACAAUGGAGGGGAGUGAGACUAUGGAGGGGAGUGAGACUAUGGAGGGGAGUGAGACUGCUGGGACGGCAGAUAGAACCCUGACUUUGGAGGGAACUGAUGUUCCGAGUGAUAGUGAAAGGGGCGGGAGGAGGAGGGCAGACAGUGAUAGGGACAGCAGUGAGAGGGAUGGUAGCUCGUAUCAGGAAGAUAGCUUAUCAGAGGGCAGUGAGGAGAGUGAAGAGAGUGAGGGGAGUGAGGGGUCAGAGAGUGUGGAAGAUGGUGAUACUAUGGGGGAUAGUGAUAGUAUGGAGGGGAGUGAGACGGUGAGCAGGAGUGCAGCGAGCAGGAGCAGAGGAGGGUACAGUGACGAUGUUGUGCUUAUAGAGGUGGUGACUGUAACGGGUUCUAGAACCAGUGGGACCCGGGAGGACUUGUUGAGUGUGCGGGGGAUGAGUGAGAUUGGGAGUGAUAUGGGGAGGAGUGAGAUGAGUAGGAGGAGGAAGAGAGUGGGGAGUGAGAGUAGGGGGAGUGAUACAGAUGGGACAGAGACAGAGGGGAGUGAGACAGGCACGAGUGGGAGCGAGGAGAGUGAGAGUGAGGGGAGUGGGGAUGAGGAGAGUGGGAGUGAGGAGAGUGGGAGUGGGGGGAGCAGCAGGAGUGGAAGCGAUGAGAGUGAGGGGAGUGAGAGUGAGGGUGAUGAGAGUGCGAGUCACAGCUCAGCAGUAUCUGGAACAUAUGACUCCCACUCCCACUCCCACACCCGUUCACAGAGCAGUGAAGAGUCUGAGUCUGAAAGCGGGUCAGCGUCAGAUGCUUCAGGAGGAGCGGGAGCGAGCAAAAGUGGGACUGCUGCAAGCCGCAGCCCCUCUGAAGCAAGCUGCAGCCCCUCUGCUGCAAGCCAGUCCCCUGGCACAGAAUCGUCUCCUAAUGAGUCACUCAGUAAGGGGUCGCUGGGAAGCGAGUCCCAGUUGGGAAGCAAGAGUGGGUCUGAUGGGAGUGGGUCUCACUCUAGCAAGUCUCUUGCUAGUUCAUCCCACUCUAGCGGGACUCGUGUGAGCAGCUCUCAUGCGAGUAGGUCUCAAGCUAGUAGUGGGUCGCACACUAGCGGGUCGCAAGGUAGCAAGUCUGUGAGGAGCAAGUCAGAGGGAAGCGAAUCGGAGAAGAGCGAUUCGGAAUACGAGGGUACGGGUAAGGGGUCUGAGGAGGAGGGUGAGGGAUUCAGCAAGAAGAGCAGUGAGAGGUACAGCGAUAGUGGCAGUGGGAGUGAAGGGAGAAAGGAGAGCGAGAGUGUGAGGAGUGCGAAUAACGCUGCCGUUGGUUCUGCUAGUCCCAGCCAUCAGCUUGGGACGCCAAGAGGUGGCGCUGCGUCAUUGGCGGAUGCGAUGCGGUCGCCUGGAUGGAAGAGGCCUCUCACUGUGAAGGUGGGGGGGAGUUCCCAAGAGCCUAGUUCAGAGGAAGAGGAGGAGGAAGAGGAGGAGGUGGAGGAGGAGGAUGAUGAUGAGGAGGAAGGCAGUGAGGAUGUUACUGCAACUGAGGAGGAGGAGGAGGGAAGCUCAAUUGAGGAUGAGGAUGAAGAGGAGGAGGAGGAGCAGGAGGAGAGUGUGUUUACAGACGAUAGGAGCUCAGAGGGAGAGCGGAGUUUGGAAAGUGACAGGAGGUCAGAGAGCGAGAGGAGAUCAGAAGGGGAAGAAGAGGAAGAGGAGGAGCAGGAGGAGAGUGUGUUCACAGACGACAGGAGCUCAGCAGCAGGGCAGAGCUCAAAAGGUGACAGGCGUUCAGAAGGGGAUAGGUCAGAGGGUGUCGGGUCAGAGGAGGAUGGGAUGUCAGAGGGAGAGGAUGAUCUGGAGGAGGAAGGAGGGGAGAGUGUUGGGAGCGAGGAGGAGGAGAGGGUGGCGAAGAUGCUUCGAGCAGAGAGCAAGAGGCGGUUUGAUGCGGUGCUCGGGCAGCUGAAGGGGCAGUUGAAAGUUCUGUUGAAGCAGGAUUCCCAUGGGAGUGGGCUGUCUGAAGGCAGUGAGGGGAGUGGGGAGGGGAGUGAGGAGGGGAGUGAGGAGGGGAGUGGGGAGGGGAGUGAGGAGGGGAGUGAGGAGGGGAGUGGGGAGGGGAGUGGGGAGGGGAGUGAGGAGGCGAGUGAGGGAUUUGGGGGGUCUGAUAGGAGUGGAGUGAGUGUGGGAGAUGGGAGGAGAGAGGGGGAGGAGAGUGGGGAGGGUGAGGAGGAGUAUGAGUCGGCUAGUGAGAGAGGGGAAGAGUCGCAAGAGGAGGAUGAGUAUGGUUCCAGAACGCCUGGGUCUGCCGCCACCACGCCACAGAGCACGGGAGGGUCGUCUGGAGGGUCUACCCCCCACAGUGCCGUUGGUCUUGCCACUGGUGCCACUGGUGCCACUAGUGCGUCUGGUAUGGCUGGCCCUCGCCCUGCAGGUCCCAGCAAGAAACCCCAACCACUGCGAGCAAGCGAGUACCACACGACAGAGCUGCCGACCAAUCAGGAGCGUCCAGCUGGACGUGCAGUCAGCCAAAGCGUGCCAGAGGGAGGAGGAGAAGCAGGUCUGGCAGUGGGAACUGCAAUAGCACCGGCAGCUGCACCAGCAACGGCACCGGCAGCAGCAGCAGCAGCAGCAGCAGCACCAGCUGCACCCCCUGCUGCCAUCUCGGCUGCAACUCUGGCUGCAUCUCCAGCUGUGUCCCCAGCAGUGUCUCCCAAGCCCAGUACCAGCUCCUCUCCCUCCCGUGGCGUCUCUGCUUGGACCUCCCUCUUCCGCCCCCUCUGGGGCACCUCGCCUGCUACUGCUGCCACUGCCGCUCCCGCUGAUGGCGCUGAUGGUGCUGCUGGUGCUUCUGCCAAGUUCUCUCCCCUUCCCUUGUCUCACCCCCCUGAACCCAUCCCCUCUAUUCUCCACCCAAUGGACCCACGUGCAAAUCCAGUUUCCGUGCCUCCUCACACCACAGCCUCUCCUACCGCCCAUGCUACAGCCGCUCCUACCGCCCAUGCUACAGCCUCGCAUCGCCCCCACUCUGCUGCUUCUCCCGUCCCCCCAGUCCUCCACCCACUGGACCCACGAGCGCAGCAGCAGCUGUCUGUAGCACAGGUGCCUGAAAGGACUCAAGGGCUUCAAGUGACUGAAGGGGACGAAAGGACUGAAGGGGCCCGGGAUGGGGUUUUCCCCGUAGGCACUCUGGUGCAUGGAUUGUCGGCCGACUCUGAUACCAUGUCGACUGGAUCCAGACAUGAUGGCUAUGCUCAUGCUGACGCCCCCACCCAUGCUGGCACUGGUGCUGACGCUGAUGCUGGUGCUGGUGCUGAUGGUGAUGUGAGUGGGAAAGGCAAGUACGGUGGUGAAGUGUUGGUUCCUCCGGCCUUAGUACCUGGUGAUGCAGGCAGCUCUCAAAAUUCCAGCCGGCCUGAGUCAAGAGAGUCAACUGAGUCAACCAGGGCGAAUAAUGAGUCACCUGAGAAAGGUGUGUCAGCAGCAGUUGGAGGAGCAGAAAGAGGAGGGGUGGACAGAGCGGUGGAGAGAGGUGUGGAGAGAGGGGAAGGAGUGGUAGCGACAGAGGCGUGGGUGCUUGCAAGCAUGAGACAAAGAAAGAGGCUACAAGGAGGCUCCGAACAAGGCUCAGAUGGAGGCUCGGAAGAAGGUUUGGAGGGAGGCUUGGAAGGUGGUCAGGAAGAAGGUCCGGAACAGCUGCCUGGGAGGGGUGGUGAGUGUGGGGUAGUGGGGAGGGAGGAGAGUGUUUUGGCGGAUAGUGGUUACAAGGGGAGUGCACUUGAGGGAGAGAGAGAGGGUAGUGAAGGGGAUGCAAGGGCGAGUGAGGCGGAGAGUGUGAGUGGUAGUGGAGAAGAGAGCAGGAGCAGUGUGGGGGGGAGUGAUUAUGGGAGUGAGGCUGAGAGUGAUGUUGAGAGUGAGGGGGAAAGUGUUGAUGAAAGUGGUCUGAGCGCGGAAGGAAGUGAGGGAAGCAGUGAGGAGACAGGGAGCAGUGAGGGAGAGAGUGAGGGAGGGAGUGGGGAGAGUGAGGAGGAGAGUGGGGAGGAGAGCGGGGAGGAGAGUGAGGGUAGUGUGACGGAGACAGAUGCUGUGACCCGAACCAGCUACUCAGGGAGUGAGGGAGAGGAGUCAGAGAAAGAGGAUGGGUCGAGCGAAGGGGAGAGUGAGAGUGGGGAGAGUGAGAGUGGGGAGAGUGAGAGUGGGGACAGUGAGAGUGGGGAGAGUGCGAGUGGAGAGAGUGAGAGUGGAGAGAGUGAGAGUGGAGUGAGUGAGAGUGAGGAACAAAGUACAGUAGGAACGAUGAGUGUGGCACGGGAGGGAGGCGCGGGGAGUUCAAGAUAUGCUGAGACAGAAACCGAGGCAGAAACAGAGACAGAAGCAGAUGGGAGGAGUGAAAGGGUGGGGUUGGAGGUGGAUGGAGAGAGUGUGGUGACAGAGGAAGGGGUGCUAAUAGAGGUGGCGAGUGUGGCGAGUGUGGUGGGGAGGGGGAGUGUGGUGGGGAGGAGUGAGGGAGUGAGGGUGGACAGUCUGCUGAUAGAGGUGGAGAGUGUGGCUGGGGGGGAGAGUGUGGCGGGUGGAGGGAGUGUGUUUGGAGGGGAGAGUGUGGUGGGAGGAGGGAGUAUACUGGGAGAAGAAGAUGUGAUUCUUGAAGGGGGAGAAGAGGAGGCAGAGGGAGCAAGCAGUAGGGAAGGAAGCGAGCCGGACAGGAGCGUGGGAAGUGAGGGAGUGGAAGAACAUGGGAGCGAGGAGAGUGAGGAAGUGGAAGAAAAUGAGAGUGAGGGGAGUGUGUGGAGCGAACAUAUCAGCGACGGGGAGGGGUUGGGUGGUGAAAGAGGGAGUAUCGUCGGGAGUGGAAGUGAGAGAGAGGAGGCUGCGAGUGAGGGAAUGCCUGCUGACGUGGUGAAACCUGCUGACGUGGCACAGUCUGCUGACGUGACCAAGGCUGCUGCUGCAGCAAAGGCUGCUGACGUGUCGCUGGCAGCACUGAUGGCAAGGACACCCGACGCGAGGCCGGUGACUCCGGUGCGGCACAGGACGUGGCUGGAGGUGCUGCAGAGCCAUGCGGUGCUGUCAGAACUGAUGACGGAGGAGGACAUGGGUGCGCUGCAGUUCCUGUGCUCCGUGGACUUCUACAAGUCGCAACACAGCAUGGAUUUCCGCGUGGACUUUCUCUUUGACGCCAAUCCGUUCUUCACCAAUGAAUACCCUUUCCUCGGACAUUCCCUCAACCUCGGCAUCUCCUAUCUUUGCUUGCCCCACUCCCAUGCCUUCUGCCUCUCCUCUCAACCUGCCAGCACCCCCAUAGCAUGGCAACCAGGCAGGGACUUAACUAAGCGUCGCACGGGGUGGUUCGGCUGGGCUGCUGCCACUCUCACGCAGGGAGGGAAGGGAGGCGGUGCUGGUGCGGGUGGUGGCAGGAGCAGCUUCUUUACACUGUUUGCCUCUCGACCUGCGCUCUCUGCUUCUGAAGCCAACGAGGAAGCUGUGGUGAGUGGCGCAGGCAGACUGGCAGUGCUGGUAUGCUGGAAGAAGCCGCUCUCACCAAUAAUCUCCUUCUUGCUGAAAUCCCUCCUACUCUCCCCGCCCUUUCCCCACCCUCCCCUGCCUCUCCCUCCUCCUUCACACCCAUCAGCGCAUGAAGAUGCUGGAAGAAGCCGCUCUCACCAAUGCUUGCUCCGCUGGUACACUGUAAAGUCGCUGGGGGGUGGAGAGGAGGAAGAGGUGGAAGAGGAGGAAAAAGAAGAGGAGGAGGAGGUGGAGGAGGAGGAGACGAAGAAAGCUGGGGGAGCUGAAGCUGUAAUGACUUUGGAGACGUCUCAAAAAGCGAGUCCUGCAGGGAAGCAGGUAGAUGGCCGUCCUAGUAUCGAGGAGGAGGGAGAGAGAGUGGAAGACGGAGAGAGUGUGGCUAUGCGGCAGGAUGCGGGAGAGAGUAGGGAGGAGUUGAGAAUAGGGCGAAUGGUGGGGGGAGAGAGUAGGGAGGAGUUGAUUCAACGGGAGGUGGAAAAGAAGCAAGGAGGAGAAGAGGAGGAGGAGGAGACAGAAGUGAGUCAAAGAGAGGAGGAAGAAGAGGGGGAAGAGGAGGAGAGUGGAAUGAUUGUAAAGGACCAAGGCACGUUUGAAAGGGAUGGGGAGAUGGAGAGGGUAGGAAGGAGCAGAGAGGAAGAAGGGGCGAACAUAAGGGAGGUGGAGACGACGACAGGGAAAGCAGCAGACGUAGCAGGGACGGAGAUCGAAGGUGUAGGGGCGGAGAUUGAGGGUGUGGGGGCGGAGAUUGAGGGUGUGGGGGCGGAGAUUGAGGGUGUGGGGGCGGAGAUUGAGGGUGUAGGAUUGGGUUUGAAGGGAGAGCGUGCAAUGGUAGUGGCAGCAACAAGUGAUGCAGAAGGGGGGAGUGAGACGGGUGUGACCGAGAGGGAGGAGAGUGAGAGGGAGGAGAGUGAGAGGGAGGAGAGUGAGAGGGGGGAGAGCGACAGUGGCAUGAGUGGCGAGGUUGAGCAGGACAGCUGGCUGGGUGAGGGGACGGCAAUCGGGACAAUGCAGGUCCAGAAGUUGAAGGAUGGAGGGGAAAGAACGGUAGAGGAUGAAUACGAGGAGGAGGGGAGCAGUAAGGAGGAGGAGGGGAGCGAUGAGGAGGAGGAAAGUGAUAUUUAUGUGAGAGGGGACGAUCUGAGGGGUGAUGACCUGAGGGACGAUGACCUGAGGGACGAUGACCUGAGGGGUUCCAGUGGCAGUCUAGGGGAUGCCAUGCCUGGUAUGGCAGGGGGAGGAGGUGGGGAGGAAGGGGAAGAGGAAGGUGCAGCAACAGGGGCAGAGGCAGGGGCAGGGGCAGGGGCAGGGGCAGGGGCAGGGGCAGGGGAAGUGGGGGGUGGAGUCGAGGGCGGGACGGAAGAGGAGGAUUCGUGGAUCGGGGUCCGCGUGGGUGGGAGGAGCGAGAGUAGAGAGGGCCGUGACAGGGGUGCGUUGCGAUACGAGGGGAUAGGGAGUGAGGGAGGGAGCGAGGGAGGGAGUGAGGGGGAGAGUGAGGGAGGGAGUGAGAGGGGAAGCGAUAGAGGGAGCGAGGGGGGGAGCGAUGGGGGAGGGAGUGGGCAGGGGAGCUCCGUGGAGGGCGAGCUAGCAGAGCUGAUGCAUGCAGUGGAUGGGCACUCGCUGCCCUUCUGGCAUGCUGUGGCUGCCACAGGCGGAGAUGGGCUGGUGGGACUAGAGGGACGGGAGGAACUGGAGGGUCUGGAGGGACUGGAGGAACUAGAGGGAGUAGAGGGAGUAGAGGGGCUAGAGGCCCUGAAGGGGGCCGAUGCUGGUGUUGCUUCUGCCGCAGCUGUUCCUGUUCGCUCCCGUACAGGGACUCCAAUGCCUGGCAUCCGUGCUGCUGCUUCGGGCCCUGCUGCCGCUGCCACUGCGGCUCCUUCUGCUGCAACUUUCACGUACUCGCGAACAGGAACACCCAUGCCAGGAGUCCGUCCUUCUGGCUUACCUCCUCCUCCUCCUCCUCCGCCCGUUCCCAGUGCUGCUGCUGCACGUGCUUCUCUGCCUGCUGCUUCCGCUGCUGCUCCCACUUUGGCAUCCCGUGCCACAACCCCCAUGCCAGGAGUGCAUGCUGCUGCAGCUUUACCCCCUACCUUCCCUCCUCCUUCUGCUGCCCCUGCAGCGUUCUCUCGUUCUACUACCCCCAUGCCUGGUGUGCAUGCCGCUCUUGCCCCUGCACCUCAUCCUUCCAGGGCAGUAACACCCAUGCCCGGUGUCCACGCCCCUCUUGCUCCUCCUGCUGCUGCUGCUGUUGCUGCUGCCCCUGCAACGUUCUCUCGUGCCACUACACCCAUGCCUGGCGUCCACUCUGCCAUUCCAGGCACCUCCACUGCUUCUCCCUCUGCCUCUGCUGCUGCUCCUUCCUUCUCCCGCACUCUCACGCCCAUGCCUGGCCUCCCCCCUCCUCCUGCCCCUCCUCCUCCUCCUGCUUUCUCCAGAGCAGUAACGCCCAUGCCUGGGCUUGCACCUGCUUCUAGUGCUGCUAGUGCCCCUAAUGCCCCUACUGCUACUGCUUCAUUCUCCAGAGCAGUGACGCCAAUGCCUGGGAUUUCACCUGCUGCAAGCUUCCCUCCUCCACCUGUUCCCCAUCCUCCUCAUCCUGCUGCUAGUGCUGCUGGUGCUGCUAGUUCAGCAUUCUCCUCCAGGGCAGUCACGCCGAUGCCUGGUGUCCAUCACUCCUCCCCAUAUCCACCUGCUGCUGCUGCUGCGCCUCCUCGUGUUCUAGCUUCUGCCGCGCUCUCCCGGACAGUGACGCCCAUGCCAGGUGUUCGUGCUGCAGCUACUCCCAUGCCCGGCGUUCGCGCCACAGCAACGCCCAUGCCUGGCGUGCACGACAUGCCUGAUGUGCGUGCCACAGCUACACCCAUGCCCGGUGUGCGCGCCACAGCGACACCCAUGCCCGGCAUGGCUGGGGAGAGCAGCAGGCAGCAGCAGCAGCAGCAGCACGGGAGAGCUGCUGUCAGCAGGGGCCACUCGCGGGGAGCGACUGAGGGGGCUGCGUUUUACACCCCCGUUGAAGGGGCAACUGCGUUUUACGGCCCGCCAACUGAGCAUGCGGCCUUCUUCGCCCCCCCUACUGACGGGGCUGCGUUUUACGCCCAAGCUGUGGGGCGCUCCCAGUCCCACAGGCACGCUGCAAGCCCCUCCCACUCGUAUUACAGGCAGGCUGUAAGUCACGGUCGCAGCCAGAGCCACGGCCCUAGGGGGUGGGCUGUCACUGACCCUCACGUUGCUGCUGCUGAUCAAGCAGGGACGGAGAGCGGUUUGGAGGUGUGGCGUGCGGUCAUGCAAGGGUAUGGGGAAGGGGGUGUGGGAGGAGCAGAGGUGGGGUAUGGGGAGCAGGGUGCGGGGACAGGGAUGGGGUAUGGGGAGGGGGGUGGGGGAGCAGUGGGAAUGGGGUAUGGGGAGGGGGAUAAUGUGGGGGAAGCAGGGAUUGAGUAUGGGCUGGGAGGCAGUGAACAAUCAGGAGCAGGGAUAGCCUGUGGGCCGUGGCAGGAAGGGGGAGAGGGGGUUGUGGGGGGGAGUCAGAGGCUGGUGGUGGCGAGUGGGAGUGAGAGGGACGGCGAUAGGAGCAGUGUGGGGGACAGGAGCAGUGUGGGGGAUGGGAGCAGUGUGAGUGUGGGGGAUAGCCUGGUGUCGCUUCUGAGAAUUCUGAAAAACGAGGGGGAGGGCGAUGGGAGCAGUGUGGCGGAUAGUCUAGCAAGCAGCAUGGAUGGUGGUGGUGGUGGUGGUGGUGGUGGUGGUGGGGGCAUGCCGGGCAUGGCUGAUGGGAGGUCUGGUGUGGCAGCGGCUGUGGCUCGUGAUGCUCUGGGAAUGAGCUUUGAUGGGGACGCGCGAAACCUCUCUCAAUCCCACGCUCACUCCCACUCCCACUCCCACUCCCAUUCCCGAUCUCACUCCCACGCCCACGCCCACGCCCACCCCCAUAACCACGACAAUCACCACGCGUACAAUUACCAGAGGCAUUCGUUGCACCAGUCGGACACGGAGGGGGAGGAGGAAGGAGAGGCAGAGUUGGGAGAUCUGAUGGACGCUCUAGAUGGGGAGCUGUCACCGUUCUGGACCGCUCAUAACAGUGUGGGGAGCUUGGGGAGUGUUGGGGUAGGGAGGACUGGCAGCAUUGGAAGCGUUGGGCUGGCCAGGACUGGGAGCUUUGGGAGUGUUGGGAGCGCAGGGAGGAUGUUGAGGGGGAGUGUGGGGAGUUUUAGGUCGGUGAGGGAGGAGCGGGAGGCAGGAAGGGGAGGAGAGGAGGGUGAGGAGGAGAGGGAAGCGAGGAUGGAUGUGUGGAGAGAGGUGAUGGGGAAUUACUGGGAGUUGAGAGGGGCGGGCGCGUUCGGGUAUAGACAUGCCGACAGACAUGCAGAGAGACGUGAGGAUAAACAUGAGGACAGGGAUGAGGGGAUAGAUGAGGAGGGCAUGCGUGUGAACGGCAAGGUGGAUACGUGUAAGGGGGAAGAUGGUCGGGUGGGUGGUGCAUCACAAGACUCAGUGAUGCUAUUGUAUGAUGGUUUGGGUGAGAGUGUGAGUGGCAAGGUUGGGGAAGCGGAGGAUGAGGAAGAGGAGGAGGAGGGUGGUUUGGGGGUUGAGGGUAGGGAGGACGGGCAUGAGGAGGAGGAGGAGGAGGAUGAGGAGGAGGAUGAGGAGGAGGAUGGGAGGGUGGUUGUGGUGUUCAAAACGGCAACCAGAGCUGCUGAGAUCCACGUGGAGGAGAGGGAUAGGGGCAGUGCGGAUCUUUCUGCUGAUGUGGCAAGCGAUGCUGAUGUGGCGAGUGAUUUGAGUGAGCACGUGCUGUACAAUGCUGAAGAUGAUGUGGCAGGUGCUGGUAUUGUGACACGUGGGAUUAGCACACAGGAGGAAAGUGGAGAGUGGGAGGAGUCAAGAGAUUUGGAGCAGGAGAGGGAGACAGUGGGGGGAGUGGAGGAUGAGGGGGAGAGGGCGGUGAGUGGAAAGGCAAUAGCAGAAUUUGAAAGUAUUGGUGGUGAGGAUGAUGGUGCAGCAUCUGAUGUCUUAUCUGAUGGGGUACACGAUAGUGAGGAGAAUGAUGAUUUGGGGGACAUGCAUGGUAGUAGUGUGCAUGAGGAUCAAGAGACGGAGGAGGAAGGGGUAGAAGAAGAGGAGGAGGAGGAGGAGGAGGAGGAAGAGGAGGAGGAUGAGAGGGUGGUUGUGGUGUUUAAGACAGCAACCAAGGGGAAAGCGGAUGAAGAGGAAGAGGAGAUGGUGGGAGAGUCUACGACUGAGCAUGGGUCACUGACUGAGAACCCUCUUGAUACGGAUACCGAGGAUGUUGAUAAUGAGUAUGAGGAAAACGAGAGGGUGGUUGUGGUGUUUAACCGGCCAAGGACUGGCGAGAAGAGGGAGGAGGGGGAUGGAGGAGGGGAGGAGGAUGAGGGGGAGGAUGAAGAUGAUAUGUUGUUAGGUAGUGUGGUUGGGGAUGCGAUUCAGACAGGAAGUCAAAUGGCCAGCCAGACAGGCAGCUAUGUGGGCGAGGAGGAGGGUUGGGAGGCCGGAGAAGAGGAAGAGGAAAUUGCUGGUCGUAGUGAGGAGGGGAGUUUGGAGGAUGGGGAGAGGGUGGUUGUUGUGUUCAAGAAGGCGACACAUGCUGAGAAGGACGAGGAAGAGGAGGAGGAGGUAGAGGUGGAGGAGAUAGAGAAGGAGGUGGAGGAGGAGGACGAAGCAGAGCACGAGAUUGCUGGUAUUAGCGAAGAUGGGAGUUUGGAGGAUGGGGAGAGGGUGGUAGUAGUGUUUAAGAAGGCGACACAUGCUGUGGAGGAGGAGGAGGAUGGAACAGAGGAGGAAGAGGUGGAGGAGGAGGAAGUAGAGGAGGAGGUUGCUGGUAUUAGCGAGGAGGGGAGUCUGGAGGAUGGAGAGAGAGUGGUGGUCGUGUUUAAGAAGGCGACACAUGCUGCGAAGGACGAGGAGGAGGAGGAUGAAGAGGAGGUGGGAGAGGGACGAAGGGUGGAAGAGGAAAUCAGCGAGGAGGGGAGUGAGGGGCUGAGGGAGGAGGCAAGGAAGCAUGAAGACGAGCAUGAGGAGGAGGAAGAGGGGGAGGAAAAGGAGGAAGAGGAGGAAGAGGAGGAUGAGGAGCAGGAGGAGGAAGGGUAUGAGGAGGAGGAUGAGGAGGAUGGGGAGAAGAGGAAGGAGAUUGAGCGCUUGGAAGGGAGUGAGAGGAGGGUUAGGAGGGGGAGUGUGAGUAGGGAUGGCAGCAAGCGGUCGGGGAGGAGCAGUGUGAGUGAGCAAGAAGGUGACCAUCUGGUUGAGAGAGAGGUAGAGACAGCAAGUGUUGGCGGGAGUGAGAAAGCGAGUGAGGAAGGGAGUGAGGGUGAGAGAGGGAGCUUGAGCAAGAGUGAUAGUGGCAGUUGGAGUGAGAAGAGGAGCAAGCACAGUGCCACCGGCACUGCUACCGAAAGUGCUACAAGCAGUGUUACUGGCAGUGUCAAAAGCAGCGCUGCUGACAGUGCUGCAGGUGGUAGGAGUCAGAGUGGGAUCGAACGAGCGAGCGAGCAAGCCAACAGCAUGAGGAGCAGCUCUGAUAGCAGUGGCGUGAGAGAGAGGAGUGGCAGUGAGCGUGAGAGAGUGGUGGAGACUUUGAGUGAGCAUGAGAGUGUGCAUGAGAGUGUGGGGAGGAGUGUGAGUGAUAAUGAGAGUGAGCAUGUUAGUGAUCGUGAGAGUGAAAUGCGUAGUAAGAGCGAGAGUGAUGGGGAAAGUGUGACCCUUAGUGAAAACGAGGGGAGUGGAAAAGAUAGUGUGAGUGGAAGUCACAGCGAAGGCAGUAGUGCGAAGGAUGACACUGAGAGUGUAGCGAGUGAGGGUGUGAGUGAGGCAGCGAGUGAGGGAGUGAGUGAGGGGAUGAGUGAGGGAGGGAGUGAGAGUCCCAGAAGCAGCAGAAGCCAUAGCAAAUACAGCAGCACGAGUUCCAAACAUAGCAGUGCAGUGAGUGACUCGCUCAGUGGAGCGAGUGGGGAUAAUGCAGCCACUGUGGGCAGAGUUGGUAGCACAACAGGCAGUUUGAGUGGCAGCGAGAGCAAGCACAGCAGGGGCAGUAGUGUAAGCAGGGGGAGCAGUGUAAGCAAGGGGAGCAGUGUCAGCAAGAAAAGCAAGGGGAAGAGCAGGGAGAGCAGUGUUAGCAAGGAAAGCAGGAGGAGCAGUGUCAGCAGCCCUAGGUCGGAUGGGGACAGCUAUGACGGUGGUUCGGGGAGUGGUGCGAGUGAUAGGGAGGAAGAGAGGAUGAGUGGGGAAAUGGAGGAGAGUGGGGUAGUGGAGGAGAGUUGGGUAGUGGAGGAGAGUGGAGUAGUGGAGAGUGGGGUAAUGGAGAGUGGAGUAGUGGAAAGUGGUGCAAUGGAGAGCUGGAGUGGUGUGGAGGGGUUAAGUGACGUGGAGCAAGGGAGCGAGGACCAAGAGGCUCAAGAAAACGGGAGUGAGGAGCGAGGGAUGGAAGGGCAGGAGAGUGAGAAACGAGAGGCUGGAGAGCAGGAGCGUGAGGAAGAUGGUGUGGAUGUGUGGAGCAGUGAGAGUGACGCAUGGCCUGAGGCAGAGGGAGAGGCAGAGGCAGAGGAGAAGGAAGAAGAAGGAAUAGCACCAGCACCCGAGACCGUGAGUGGCGAUGGUGCAAGGAGUGUUGUGGAGAGUGAUGGGGAGGAGGAUGGGACAAGCUGGGUUACCAGCAUCGUAUCCCCUCUGCAGCAGGUGACGAUGGCCUCUGAACACGUGGCGGAUCCUGAUUGGUCGGAGGAGCUGGCAGAGGAGCAGCAGGUGGUGCAGGUGCGGGAAGAAGAGGGUCAGGUGGAUGAUCAGGUGAAUGCUCAGGUAGUUGAGCAAACAGGUGAGCAGCAGCAGCAACAGGAUGAAGGGAAGGUAGCAGCAGCAGCAGCAGCAGCAGGCAGAGCGAUGGCUGCGAAUGUGGCGGGGGUGGGCAAUGAUGGGAUGGGUACUUCAGCAGCAGGCGACGAUGGGGCAAUGAGGCAGAUUGGCGAGGAUGCGUAUGUUUAUGACAUGGGUGAUGGCGUGGGAGCAUGUGAGGAGCUGGAUUGGAGCAGAGAUGUGGGUGAUGGGGGGGUGGGAGUACAGGGGUGGUCAAGUGAGUGGACUAGGGAGAGUGAGGUGUGGGAUGUGGGUGGAACGAGGGAUGGGGGCGAGGUGCUGGGGGCGAGUGGUGUGAGAGCAGGCGGUCCUUUUGCCAGUGUUGCUGCCAGUGUUGCUGUCAAGUUGGACGGGCGGAGUGAGGAGGGGAGAGAGGAGAUAAGGGAGGAGAAAGAGGUGAUGGUGGAGGAGAGAGAGGAGAUAGUGGAUGAGAGGGAGGAGAUAGUGGAUGAGAGAGAGGAGAGAGGGGGCGAGAGAGAGGGGAGCAAAGAGAGAGAGGAGGAGAAGGGGCUGAGAGAGGAGAGAGAAGACGAGGAAGAAAAGGGAGCAAAGGACAAGGAGGAGGAGGAUGUGGAGAGGGAGGCGGAGGUAGAGAGGGAGGAGGAGGAGGUUGAGAGCGAGGAGGUAGAGAGGGAGGACGAGGAGGUGGAGAGAGAGGAGGAGGUUGAGAGCGAGGAGGAGGACGUGGUGGAGCAAGAGAGAGAUGAGGAGAGGGAGGAGGAGGAGGAGGUAGAGAGCGAGGAGGAGGAGGAAGGGGGAGAGGGAGAGGAGGAGGGGGAGGACGAGUGGAGUGACAUGAGCGAGGAGGAGUGGAGCACCAUGGAGCUAGCAGCCACCCAGUCCCCCUUCCCCGCCGCCUCCCCUCUCCCCUCUGCCAGCCCCUAUGCCGCUCUCUCUCCGUUGCCCUCCGCCACUCCAACGAGUGCAGGCGUAGGUGUGCCUCUGGAUAGUGCAGCUGUCAGUCUAGCACUGCAGCAACGGCAGGAGAUGCAGCAGCAGCAGCAGGAGCAGGAGGGGCGGGAGGCGCAGGAGAAGCAAGGAGAGGAGGAGAUGAAAGGGGGACAGGAGGGGCAGGAUGCGGAGAAAAGAUCUGAGGUGGAUUCCGGGGAGGAAGAGACGGAGGGGCAGGAGGUUGAGGAGAACGUAAGGGAUGAGGGGCGUGAGGGGCUUGAAGGGAAGGGAGAGCGUGAAGGGUUUCAACGGCCGCACAGCCCAUUCUCGUUUGCCUCUGGCAGCGAGUCUUUGGCGCUGCCGCUCGCCAGCCCUGCUGCGCUGCCUCACGAUCGAACCACUGGAGGCGUUGGGUCAUGGGCAGAAAAGGAAGAGGUUCCGAGGUACCAGAAGAGCCCCCUCAUUCUCGGAGGCUCUUUUGGUACCUCUCCCGCUUCUCAACACACUCCUGCUCUCACCGCUUCUCAACACACUCCUGCUCUCACCGCUUCUCAACACACUCCUGCUCUCACCGCUUCUCAACACACUCCUGCUCUCACCGCUUCUCAACACACUCCUGCUCUCACCGCUUCUCAACACACUCCUGCUCUCACCGCUUCUCAACACACUCCUGCUCUCACCGCUUCUCAACACACUCCUGCUCUCACCGCUUCUCAACACACUCCUGCUCUCACCGCUUCUCAACACACUCCUGCUCUCACCGCUUCUGCUGCUGUGCCACACUCCGUUGCUGCUGCUGCCAUCCCUGCUGACGUGGCACGUGCUGGGCCGGAGGCUGCAAGUCCAUCUGAGAGGCCGGUUUUGGAGUUACGGUCGGUUCCCGCUAGCAGCUCACCUGACAGGGCACCUGACACAGCACCUGAUAGAGCACCCAAUUCGGCACCUGCUGCGGCACCUGUUGCGGCACCUGCUGCGGCACCUGAUAUGGCACCUGACAUGGCACCUGAUACAGCACCUGAUUUGGCAUCUGUUACAGCACCUGUCACAGCAGCUGAUGUGGAACCUGAUGUUGCACCUGAUGCAGCACCUGAUGUGGAACCUGAUAUGGUACCUGGGAAAAGCCCUGCCUCUGUUGAGGUGCUUCCUUCAGGUGCUGUCUCUGUCGUGUUGCCGUCAGGUGCUGUUUCCGUUGUGCUACCUUCAGGUGCCGUGUCUGUCAUGUUGCCGUCAGGUUCUGUCACUGUUGCACUUCCUUCAGGUGCUGUCUCUGUUGGUUCAGGUGCCAGCCCUGAUUCGCCUGAGACUGCGGAGAGAAGAAUGGAUCAAAGUGAGUGGCAAGAUUUGAGGGGGAUAGAGAUGGAGGAGGGGAGAGAUGGAAGCGGGAGGAGUGAGAGUGAUGGGGAGAGGAGCGAUGGGAAGGAAGGAAAAGAGAGUGAGGGAGAGAGUGAGAAAUGGGAGGAGUCAGAAGAGUGGAGUGAUGUUGGUGAAGUGGUAACCAGUGAUGCAGGUGAUGCGGUAAACAGCGAUGCUGGCGAUGCGGUAACCAGUGAAGCUGGUGAUGUGGUAACCAGUGAAGCUGGUGAUGUGGUAACCAGUGAAGCUGGUGAUGUGGUAAUCAGUGAUGCUGGUGAUGCGGUAUCCAGUAAUGCUGGCGAUGUGGUAACCAGCGAUGCUGUGGAUGUGGUAACCAGUGAAGCUGGUGAUGUGGUAACCAGUGACGCUGGUGAUGUGGUAACCAGUGAAGCUGGUGAUGUGGUAAUCAGUGAUGCUGGUGAUGCGGUAUCCAGUAAUGCUGGCGAUGUGGUAACCAGCGAUGCUGGUGAUGUGGUAACCAGUGAUGCUGGUGAUGUGGUAACCAGUGAUGCUGGCGAUGUGGUAACCAGUGAUGCUGGUGAUGUGGUAACCAGUGAUGCUGGCGAUGUGGUAACCAGUGAUGCUGGUGAUGUGGUAACCAGUGAUGCUGGCGAUGUGGUAACCAGUGAUGCUGGUGAUGUGGUAACCAGUGAUGCUGGCGAUGUGGUAACCAGUGAUGCUGGUGAUGUGGUAACCAGUGAUGCUGGUGAUGUGGUAACCAGUGAUGCUGGCGAUGCAAGAGCAGAAGAAGUGGAAUCGAUGGCCCUUGGCGAUUCAGGUGGCCGAACUCAAGAGCAAGGCACGGUAGCAGAGGAAGAGGAUGCAAUGGCCUUGGAAAAUGCAGACGGCAGAAUGCAAGAGCAAGGCUCGGUAGCAAGUGCAAUCAAUGCAGAGGAAAUGGAAUCAAUGGAGCCUCCGGUAACGCUCAUGGCCCAGAGGACGUUGCCUGCAGUCUCUACUCCGGCUGUGGGAGGAGUGGUGGUAGCACAGGCUGAUGAGCUGGCGACAGUCGCUGUACUGGCUGUGGCAGGCGUGUCAGAAGCACAGGCGAGGUUUGAGUCGAAUCAAGUGUUGGCUGUGGGAGGUGUGGUGGUAGCAGCACAGGCGGAUGGGCUGGUGGCAGGAAGUGACUGGGAGAGCGAGGAGUGGAGUGAUGUGGGGUCCGGUGUGGGUGAGUGGGAGGAGGAUGAUGUGGGGUCUGGAGGUGUAGAGGGAGAGAGUGAGGGAGGGAGUGAGGGGGUUGGCGAGGUGGAUGGAGAGAGUGAGGGUAAGGUGGAGGACAGAGAGAAUCGGGAGGGUGAAGGUAGUGAGGGAGAGGAGAUUGGGACGGUGGGGGAGGAGGUUGGAAUGGGGAGAGAGGAGGACGAAGAUGGAAAGAAUGAGGAGGCUGGAAGAGUGGGGGAGGAGGAGGGAGAGGAUAAGGAGAGAGAGGGAAAAGAGGGUCUGCAAGGAAGCAGCACAGCAGCAGCAGGAAACAUGGAAGGGGAGGUGAAUCUGCCAGUUGGUGAGAGUGAGGAGCAUGUGGGCAGGGAAGAGGGGCAGGAGGAGGAGAAAGAGGAGCAGGAGGAGAAGAAAGAGGAGUGGGGGGAGAGGGAGGAGGAGAAGGAGGAGGAGAAGGAGGAGAGGGAGGACGAGUGGGAGGAGAGGGAGGCGGAGGUGAGAUCGGAGGAGGAGAGGGAAGAGGAUGGGGAGAGGGAGCAGCAGGGACGUGAGGAAGUGGAGGAUUUGCACAGAGAGGAACUGACCGAGGGUGUAGCUGAAGGAGGGAGGGUGGAGGAGGAAGAGGACAGGAUGGUGAGAGUUGAUGCGGGAGUGGAUGAGGGAGUGGUGGAGGGAGAAAAGGAGGGAGUGGUGGUUAAAGAAAAGGAGGGAGUGGUGGUUAAAGAAAAGGAGGGAGUGGUGGUUGGAGAAAAGGAGGGAGUGGUGGUUAAAGAAAAGGAGGGAGUGGUGGAGGGAGAAAAGGAGGGAGUGGUGGUUAAAGAAAAGGAGGGAGUGGUGGAGGGAGAAAAGGAGGGAGUGGUGGUUAAAGAAAAGGAGGGAGUGGUGGAGGGAGAAAAGGAGGGAGUGGUGGAGGGAGAAAAGGAGGGAGUGGUGGUUAAAGAAAAGGAGGGAGUGGUGGUUAAAGAAAAGGAGGGAGUGGUGGUUGGAGAAAAGGAGGGAGUGGUGGUUAAAGAAAAGGAGGGAGUGGUGGAGGGAGAAAAGGAGGGAGUGGUGGUUAAAGAAAAGGAGGGAGUGGUGGAGGGAGAAAAGGAGGGAGUGGUGGAGGGAGAAAAGGAGGGAGUGGUGGAGGGAGAAAAGGAGGGAGUGGUGGUUAAAGAAAAGGAGGGAGUGGUGGUUAAAGAAAAGGAGGGAGUGGUGGAGGGAGAAAAGGAGGGAGUGGUGGUUAAAGAAAAGGAGGGAGUGGUGGAGGGCGAGACCAGAGAUGCACAUGCAGAAGGGAGUGAAGUGGACGAUGGGAGUGAGAGUGGGAGUGAAAGCAUGAGUGAUAGGGAGAGUGGUAGCAUGAGUGAGAGAGAGAGUGAAAGUGAAGGUGAGAAGGAGAGUAAGAACAUGAGUGAGAGGGAGAGUGAAAGUGAAGGUGAGAGGGGGAGUAAGAGCAUGAGUGAGAGGGAGAGUGAAGGUGAAAGGGACAGUGAGAGUGAUAGUAUGAGUGAGAGUGGAAGUGAGAGGGGGACUGAGAGUGAGAGUGCAAGUGAGAAGGGGGCUGAGAGUGAGAGUGAAAGUGAGAAAGGGUCUGAGAGUGAGAGUGCAAGUGAGAGGGGGGCUGAGAGUGAGAGUGAAAGUGAGAAGGGGUCUGAGAUUGAGAGUGCAAGUGGGUUGGGGGCUGAGAGUGAGAAAGGGGCUGAGAGUGAGAAAGGGGCUGAGAGUGAGAAAGGGGCUGAGAGUGAGAAUGAAAGUGGUAAGGGGUCUGAGAGUGAGAGUGCGAGUGAAAGGGGGGCUGACAGCGAGAGUGAAAGUGAGAAAAGUUCUGAGAGUGAGAAUAAGAGUCCAAGGAGGGCUGAGGUUAAGACAGGGGCUGAGGGCGAGAGCAGGAAAGAGCCGAGUGCAGCCGAGGAGACGCCUCAGGGUAUUUUUGAGAAUUCUCAAGAAGAGGCGAGUAAAGCCACGGAGAUGCCUCAGCGGGACGAAAUCACAGAAGGUGCAGCAGCAGAGGUCAGUGGCAGUGGCGUUGCAGCAGAUGCAUCUUCUGAGUCAAAGGAAAUCACAGAAGGUGCAGCAGCAGGCAGGGCAGAGCCAGAGGCCACGAUGGCAAGCACUGCAACACCAGACGAGCCUCCCGUCUCCACCGCCCAUCUUGUUGUUCUGCAUCCCCUCACUCUUUCCCCCACCUCAACCGUCUCACCCAAUGCCCCCAGCUCAGCCGUCCCGUCUGUCUCAGCUUCAGCCGUCCCCUCUGCCCCUAGUGCUUCCACUGCCCCUAGCGUUUCCUCUGUUCCCUCUGUUUCCUCCCGCCCUGCUAAUUCUUGGAUCCGCCCAGCACAGCCUUCUUCCCACUCCGACUCAGGCUCGGACUCUGACUGGUCCGACUCCGAACCUGCGCCCAAGCCUGUGCCCAUCCGAGCCUGGAGGGCAGGCAUGGCGAGCGCAGCACUGGCUCCUGCGCCUGCCGCCUCUCCUCCCCCACAAACUGCAGCGGUGGGGCGACUGCAGAGUGACUUCCUCAACCGCUUCCAGCAGCAGCAGCCGGAGGAGCAGCAACAGCAGCAGGCCUCUGAGGCUCCCCUCACACCUCCACAGCAGCAACAGCAGGCAUCUUUGAAUUCCGCUGCAGUUGUGGACUCUUCUGCUGACGUGGCGCAGGCUGCUGAUGUGGCGCAAGUUGCUGAUGUGGUGCAACCUGUGGACAUGAAGCACGCAGCUGAGGUCAAAGCAGGUGACAAGUCAGAAUUACCUGCUGGUGGUGAUGAUGCGAUUGCUGAUAAGGAACAGUCUGCACAUGUGGUAUCAGCUGCUGACGUGGCACCCCCUGCUGAUGUGGACGUGGAGGGCGAUUCCAGACCAUCUUCUCCAGAGGGGUCAGCCACCAGCAUCAAAGAUGCUGCUGAUGUGGCAGCUGAGGUGGAUGCUGAUGUGGCAGCUGAGGUGGCUCUGGAUGCAGCUGGAGGUGCUAGUUUGCUGCUGGCAAGUGAGUUGGUUGCACCUGUGCUGCAGACGAGAGGAGAGGCCGAGGAGGUGGAAGCAGAACAGGAGAAAGCAGAUGUAUUUUCGGGACCAGAUUCUGAACCUGACUCUGAUUCUGACGUGGCUGCUGAUGUGUCUGUUGACAUGGCUGCUGAUGUGUCUGUUGACAUGGCUGCUGAUGUGUCUGUUGACAUGGCUGCUGAUGUGUCUGUUGACAUGGCUGCUGAUGUGUCUGUUGGCGUGGCGGCUGAUGUGGCUGCUGACAUGGCUCUGCGAGUGCCUGGAGGUGAAACUGCAGUGGUGCCAUCUCCAUCACGAUCAGACUCCGAGUCUGACUCUUCUUUCGGAACUGAUGUGGCUGCUGACGUGGCCGCUGAUGUGGCUGCUGACGUGUCGUCUGAUGUGGCACCGUGUGCGGCUGGAGGUGAGACUGCAGCACUGCCAUCCCCAUCAGGACCAGACUCUGAGGUUGACUCUGCACCAGAAGCUGAUGUGGCUGCUGACGUGGCUCUGCAUGCGUCUGACUGUGAAGCUUCAGCUCUGCCAUCGCCACCAGGAUCAAACUCUGACGUUGACUCUGCACCGGAACAAGAGAGGGUGGAGGAAGAGACAAGGAGUGAGGAUGCUGAGAGGGAGGAGGAAGAGACAAGGAGUGUGGAGGCUGAGAGGGAGGAAGAAGAGACAAGGAGUGUGGAAGCAGAGUGGGAGGAGGAAGAGACAAGGAGUGAGGAAGCAGAGAGGGAGGAGGAAGAGACAAGGAGUGAGGAUGUAGAGAAAGAGGAGGAAGAGAGGGGGAGUGAGAAAGCAGAGAGUGCGGAGGAAGAUGGGGGUAGUGAUGAUAAAGCAAGGCUGCAGGACGUUGAAGUAGAGGCUGUAGUGAUGGGUGGGGCGGCAGUUGUGGCUGUCGCGGUGCUUGCAGGGGUGGAUGGGGCGGCAGCGGACGAGGAGGGUGAGGGGAUGCUGGGAGCAGUGGAGGGCAGGGAGCUGUUGGGGGCGGAGGAGGGAGAGGAGAGUGAGGAGGGUAAGGAGAGUGAAGAAGCUGGGGAGAGUGAGGAGAGUGAGGAAGCUAAAGAGGUGAAGGAGGCUAAGGAGGAGCAUGAGGAGGCCGAGUCACAUUCUGAUGAUGCUGAGUCACGCUCUUAUGAUGCUGAGUCACAUUCGGAUGCUGAGUCACGCUCUGAUGCUGAGUCACGCUCUGAUGCUGAGUCACGUUCUGAUGCUGAAUCACAUUCUGAUGCUGAGUCACGUUCUGAUGCUGAGUCACGUUCUGAUGCUGAAUCACAUUCUGAUGCUGAGUCACGUUCUGAUGCUGAGUCACGUUCUGAUGCUGAGUCACGUUCUGAUGCUGAAUCACAUUCUGAUGCUGAGUCACGUUCUGAUGCUGAGUCACGUUCUGAUGCUGAGUCACAUUCUGAUGCUGAGUCACGUUCUGAUGCUGAAUCACAUUCUGAUGCUGAGUCACGUUCUGAUGCUGAGUCACGUUCUGAUGCUGAGUCACGUUCUGAUGCUGAGUCAUGUUCUGAUGCUGAAUCACAUUCUGAUGCUGAUUCGCAUGCUGAGUCACUUUCGGACGCAGCUUCUGCAGUAACUGUACCUCAUUCUCCUGCGGCACCUCAUUUGCCAGCUGGGGAUGAAGCAGCUGCUCCUCUCAGUGCUACCUCCUCUCCUGUCUCUGCCACUCCCACCCAAGUGGACUCACCUGCUGUGCCUGAAACUGCUGCUGCAGCGCCUGAUUUGCCUGCUCUGCUUGAUUCACCUGCUGCACCUGAUUCACCUGCUGCACCUGAUUCACCUGCCGCACCUGAUUCACCUGCCGCACCUGAUUCACCUGCCGCACCUGAUUCACCUGCCGCACCUGAUUCACCUGCCACACUUGAUUCCCCUGCCGCACCUGAUUCACCUGCCGCACCUGAUUCACCUGCCGCACCUGAUUCACCUGCCGCACCUGAUUCACCUGCCGCACCUGAUUCGCCUGCUGCACCUGAAUCACCUGUUGCACCUGAUUCACCUGUUGCACCUGAUUCACCUGUUGCACCUGAUUCACCUGUUGCACCUAAUUCACCUGUUGCUCCUGAUUCAUCUGUUGCACCUGAUUCACCUGCCGCACCUGAUUCACCUGCCGCACCUGAUUCCCCUGCCUUACCUGAUUCCCCUGCUGCACCUGACUCAUCUGCAGCGUUUGAAACACCUGCCGCACCUGAUUCACCUGCAGCAUCUGAAACACCUGCUCCACCUGAUUCGCCUGCCACACUUGAUUCCCCUGCCGCACCUGAUUCCCCUGCCGCACCUGAUUCCCCUGCCGCACCUGAUUCACCUGCCGCACCUGAUUCACCUGCCGCACCUGAUUCCCCUGCCGCACCUGAUUCCCCUGCCAGAGCUGAACUAGCUGCUUCUUUCGGCUCUGCCUCCCCUCCUGCCUCUGAUACCCAGUCGGUGGCUCAAGUUGAGAGCAAAGAGGAGGAGGAGGAGAGGGGAGUGGCACCUGCUAUUGCUAUAUCUUAUUCACCUGACUCACCUGCCGCACCUGAUUCAGCUGCUGCUUUUGAAACACCUGUCACACCUUCCAGGGUUGAACCAGCUGCUUCUUUGAGCCAUGCCUCCUCUCUGGCCUCUGCCACCCAGUUGGUGGCUCAGCUUGAGAGCGAGGAGGAGAGGCAAGAGGAGGAAAUGGCGUGGAAAGAGGAGGAAGGGGAAAAGGAGGCGGAGGAAAGUGAGUGGGGGGAGGAGGAAAGUGAAAGGGCGGAGGAGGAAGAGGAGUUGGAAGAGGAGGAAGGUAAGCGGGAAGAGGAAGGAGAGGAGAGAGGAGACGAGGCAAGAGGAGAGGUGGAGAGUGGAGGGGAAGAAGCAGAGACGGUGGAGGAAGAGGAGAGGGGAGAGGAGACGGAAGAUGGGAAAAAGGAGAAGGCGGAAGAGGAGGAGAGCAGAGUGGAGGUGGGAGAGGAGGAGAAGGAGAAGCAGGAAGAUGUGUUAGUGGCAGAGGAAGGAUUGGGAGAAGAUGGAGACUUUGAGAGAGAGAGCAUGAAUGGAGAGGGUGAGGAGGGAGAGAGUGUGGAGGGAGAGAGUGUCGCGGGAGAGAGUGUGGAGGGAGAGAGUGUCGCGGGAGAGAGUGUGGAGGGAGAGAGUGUCGCGGGAGAGAGUGUGGAGGGAGAGAGUGUCGCGGGAGAGAGUGUAGCGGGAGAGAGCGCAGAGGGGGAGGAUAAUGUGGCAGUGCCGGCAGUUGAUGCAACUCAACAUCCCACCACAGCCAUAACCGUCAAGCCACGUGCCUCAGAUUCAUGGAUGAAAAAGCAGCAGACCCACUCCUCCGAUUCAGGCUCGGACUCUGACUGGUCCGACUCCGAACCUGCGCCGAAGCCUGUGCCCAUCCGAGCCUGGAGGCCAGGUGCGGGGAGUGGUGUAGCGUCAGUGGCGGCUGCGCCUGCCGCGUCUCCUGCUGCCCAGCCAGCAGUGGUGGGGCGACUGCGAAGUGACUUCCUCAACCGCUUCCAGCAGCAGCAGCAGCAGCAGCAGCAGCAGAUGGAGGGAGAAGGGAAGAGAGAGGGAGAGGAUGCGACAAUACUGGAGGUGAAGGACGAGGGUGUGUCAACAGCGGAAGAUCAUGAGGGAGAGGAAGUGAUAGUGACAGAGAGUGAGGAGGACAGAGCGGUUAAGAAAGGAGAUUCAACAAUAAUGGAGGUGAUGGAAGUGGGUAUGUCAGCGGAAGAUCAUGAGGGAGAGGAAGUGAUAGUGACAGAUGGUGAGGAGGAGAGAGCGGUCAAGGAAGAGGGAGUGGAAGCGAGAGAGGGAGAGGGAGUGGAAGCAACAGAGGAAGAGGGAGAGGAAGUGGGUGCGAUCGAGGGUGUGGGGGGUAAGGAAGCAAGGAUGGACGAGGAAGAGAGGGUGGAAGAGGGUAAGGAAGAGAGAGUGGAAGAGGGUAGGGUCGAGAGGGUGGAAGAGGGUAGGGACGAGAGAUUGGAAGAGGAUAAGGAAGAGAGAGUGGAAGAGGGUAAGGAAGAGAGAGUGGAAGAGGGUAAGGAAGAGAGAGUGGAAGAGGGUAAGGAAGAGAGAGUGGAAGAGGAUAAGGAAGAGAGAGUGGAAGAGGGUAGGGACGAGAGAGUGGAAGAGGAUAAGGAAGAGAGAGUGGAAGAGGGUAAGGAAGAGAGAGUGGAAGAGGGUAAGGAAGAGAGAGUGGAAGAGGGUAAGGAAGAGAGAGUGGAAGAGGGUAAGGAAGAGAGAGUGGAAGAGGGUAAGGAAGAGAGAGUGGAAGAGGGUAAGGAAGAGAGAGUGGAAGAGGGUAAGGAAGAGAGAGUGGAAGAGGGUAAGGAAGAGAGAGUGGAAGAGGGUAAGGAAGAGAGAGUGGAAGAGGGUAAGGAAGAGAGAGUGGAAGAGGGUAAGGAAGAGAGAGUGGAAGAGGGUAAGGAAGAGAGAGUGGAAGAGGGUAAGGAAGAGAGAGUGGAAGAGGGUAAGGAAGAGAGAGUGGAAGAGGGUAAGGAAGAGAGAGUGGAAGAGGGUAAGGAGAGAGUGGAAGAGGGUAAGGAAGAGAGAGUGGAAGAGGAAGAGAAAGUGGAAGAGGGUAAGGAGGAGAGUACAGAAGAGGCUGGGUAUGAGCGAGUGGAAGAGGAUAGUGAGGUAGUGGCAGCGAGUAAGGAGGAGAGGAUGGACGAGGAAGAGAGAGUGGAAGAGGGUAAGGAGGAGAGGAUGGAAGAGAUGCAGGAAGAGGCUAAGGAAGAAAGAGAGGAAGAGGGUAACGAAGAGACCAAGGAAGAGGGUAAGGAAGAGAUGAAGGAAGAAAGAGAGGAAGGUGGUAAUGAAGAGACUAAGGAAGACAGUAAGGAAGAGAUGAAGGAAGGAGAGGAAGAGGCUAAGGAGGAAAUCAAGGGAGAUGGUAUCUUGGUUGUCUCUUCUCCACCCCCACUCGCCUCCCCCCAGCCUCCCACCCUCCUCGCUUCACCUCAAAUUCCCCCACCUCCCGUUACCAUCAAGCCCCGCGCUGCUGACUCAUGGAUGAGGCGACCCAAUCAGGCUGACUCUGACUCAGCCUCGGACUCUGACUGGUCCGACUCCGAACCUGCGCCCAAGCCUGUGCCCAUCCGAGCCUGGAGAGCAGGUGCGGCGAGUGGUGUGGCGGCAGUAGCACCUGCGCCUGCCGCCUCUCCUCCCCCACAAACUGGCCCCGUGGGACGACUGCGGAGUGACUUCCUCAACCGCUUCCAGCAGCAGCACCAGCAGCAGGAGCAGGAGCAGCAGCAGCAGGAGCAACCCUCGGUGCCACCCAUUAGAGAGGGAGAGGGGGCAGAGACGGUGCAAGAGGAAGAGGUGCAGUCAGGUGAAUUUUCAGGUGGAGAGGUGUUACAAGGCUACCUGGUUCCGGCUGACGUGGCAUCAGACCCAUCCACUCCUGUGCCAGCUGACGUGGCAUCAGGCCCAUCCACUCCUGUGCCAGCUGACGUGGCAUCAGGUCCAUCCACUUCUGUACCAGCUGAUAUGGCAGCAGAUGCACCGUCAUUACCUGAACCAUCUGUUGAUCCAACAAUCGUCUCCUCCUCUCAGCCACUUUCCUCCCCUCAGCCUUCUACUCCUCCUCACCGCACAGCACCUGCCGUUACCAUCAAGCCUUGCGCUGCAGACUCAUGGAUGAAGCGACCCAAUCAGGACUCUGACUCAGGCUCGGACUCUGAUUGGUCCGAUUCCGAACCUGCGCCCAAGCCCGUGCCCAUCCGAGCCUGGAGGCCAGGCAUGGCAAGCGCAGCGGCAGCAGCACCGACCCCUGCAUCUGCCGCCUCUCCUACUGCAGCAGCACCGGCUCCUACCCAAACUGCAGCAGUGGGGCGACUGCGGAGUGACUUCCUCAACCGCUUCCAGCAGCAGCCUGAGCAACUCCCUGUGCCUCCUUUCAGAUCUUCACAGCAGCAGCAUCAGCAGCUGUUGGCCGUGUCUCCUGCUAUGGCUGCUGCGGCCUUAGCUGCCACAGCACCUGCUGUCUCGGUGCCCGUGGAACAGGGAGAGGUAGAACAGGGAGAGGGCGUCAUUAGCAAGGUAGAGGAGGAGGGGGGUGAGUUUGAAGGCAGAGUAGAGGGUGGGGGGAGCAUGAGAGCAGAGGGUGUGGAAUCUGCGGCUGCUGAAGGUCCGCUGGCUGAUGCUGUGGGGGAGUUCUCUGCUGAGGUGGCAUCAGAAACUCCUGCUGACGUGGCAGUGGAAGCAACGGCUGAUGUGGCCACGGAAGCACCUGCUGAUGUGGCAGCGGAAGCACCUGUUGACAUGGCAGCGGAAGCACCUGCUGACGUGACAGCGGAAGCGGCUGCUGACGUGGCAUCGGGUGCGGCUGCUGACGUGGCAUCGGGAGCGGCUGCUGAAGUGGCAUCGAAAGCACUUGCUGAGGUGGAGGAGCAGGAGAAUGAGGCAUGGGAGGAAGAGAAGGGGGAAGAGGGUGGAGAAGGAGGAGAGGAGGAAAACGAGGAGGAUGAAAAAGAAGAGGAAGAAACGAAAGAAACAAAGGAGGAAGAAUUGGAGAAUGAGGAGGCGGAGGUAGAGGAGGGUGCAGAAGGUGGGGAGGCUGCGGAGGGGGAGGAGGGUGCAGGGGAAGAGGAGGAAGGAGGGAGUGAGGCAGGAGAGGAAUCCACUGAGGAGGUGACUGUAGAAGUGACAGAGGAAUAUGAGGAGGUGACUGUAGAGGAAACGGAGGAGUAUGAAGAAGUGACAGUCGAAGUGACAGAGGAAUAUGAGGAAGUGACUGUAGAAGUGGAAGAAACGGGAGAAUAUGAGGAGGUGACUGUAGAAGUGGAAGAAACGGGAGAAUACGAGGAGGUGACUGUAGAAGAAACGGCGGAAUACGAGGAGGUAACUGUAGAGGUAACAGAAGAAUACACUGAAGAGGAAGUUACUGUAGAAGUUACAGAGGAGUAUACAGAAGAGGAGGUUACUGUAGAGGUUACAGAGGAAGUCACAGACGAGGAUAAAUCAGAGGAGGUGGCAGAGGAGGGAGCAGGUGCAGCAGGUGGAAAAGAAGGAGAAAGCGCAGAGGGACAAGAUUCGGAAGGGGAGCAACAGGAGGAAGAGCAGGAGGAGGAACAGGAGGAGGAGCAGGAGGAGGAGUAUGAAGAGUAUGAGGAGCAGGAAGAGGAAGAAGAGGAAGAGGAGGAGGAAGAGGAGGAGGAGGAGGCAAGUGAAAAAGAGAGCACAAACAGCAGCCCGAGGAGCAAGCCAGAGGAGAAGGAAGAGGAGGAGGACGAGGAAGCGAGGAUAAAGCGGCAGGAGCAGGAGGAGAGGAACGCGGAGGAGCAGCGGGCGCUGCGGCUGCGUGUGGCGAGCAUGAAGCGGUUCAAUGCGGUGCUGGGGGAGCUCAGAUUCCGCCAGGGCAUCCGCGAGGAGGGGGAGGGGGAGGGCGGCACAGGGGGAGGCGGAGGGGGAGGAGCAGGGGCGGGUGAGGGGAGCGGGACGGGCGCGUCUGGGACAGGAGGUGGAGGUGUUGUGGGGCAAGCGGGGGGAGCAGCAGCAGGAGUGGCUCCUAUUGCGCUUCCGGCCAUGGCAGGUGCUGCUGGUCGCCAGCAGCCCAAUCCUCACAGUCCGGGCAAGCGAUCGCGGAUGCUGUCGCUGGUGGCGUCACAGGGCCUGCACGUGCCGGCCAGUGCAGUGACUCGCGAGAUCAUGGGGCUCACAGGGGGGAGUGCUGGCUGGGGGCGAGCCGCACGUUCACAGAUGCUCUCUCUGGUGGCGUCACAGGGCCUGCAUGUGCCGGCCAGUGCAAUGACUCGAGAGAUCAUGGGACUCACAGGAGGGAGUGCUGGUGCUGCUGAUACCUGUUAA